GAUGGAACUCUCAGUAUAGUAGCUGCUCUCGCCAUUUUAACAUAAAACAUAAUGAAAUUAAACAGUAACCAUGCAGCAAUGCAGGAAAUCCACCUCAAGACUGGUCAUUUCCUCUUCAUAGAGAACCGUGACAAAUUGCAUUAUUCAUUGUCACCUUUAUUUCUUUGCUUGUGCGUCCUUUGCUGCCGUGCAUCGUCCAGAGGAGUCACUGAUGCGUGUCCUUACGUCACGGCGGUCUCACGGUCACUCCGGGCAUCAAAUGACAAUUACAUUGCUGGUAGAACAUCCCGCGAAUGUCAAAAGUUGUGAAUUUCAUUCAUGGGGAAGGAUUCCAUUCAUAAAAUGUGGGCACUCGAUGAUGUGUACGGUAUAGAGGUGUGAAAUACGCAAAUGUACGUAAACAAGCACACCACUUUAUGGUCAGCUAGGGUAUAAAAGAAAACAACGUCUUAUACCAGACAAACAAUCCGACUCGUAAGACAAUCAGUCACAAUCUUAAUACAAACCCAGCAGUUCUACAACAGAAGAUGCAGUUAGUCAUUGUAUUUUUCGCAUUUCUACAAAUUACAAGCGCGUUGGUGAUCAAGGUCCGACCCGCUCGGGUCAGAGGUCAAGUCAGGAUGCGAAGGCCGCCACUUGGUCCAUUUCCCAUGAGGUUCGUUCCGUUAGCCGGCGCGGGUUUCAGAAGACCGCGUCCCACGAUCAGACCGAGGACCCACAUCCAUGUCCCCUUCAAUGGCCGACAGUUCGAACACACCCAUGCCAAUGGUGACGUCGCUCACGGACAUAACUUUGGGUUUCCCGCAGGAAUCUACCCGGAACACGGAGUUGGGUGGGAUAUUCCCGAAUUUUUCAGGGAUUCAAACACGUGGGCCAUAUUCGACAAGGUCAAUCCGGACUCUGUUUUUGUCCAAGAUGACGAAGUUCCUGUCUACCAACCCGACAACAUCCCCUACAACAUCCCUGACGUCAUGACGUCAAACGACGGUGCCAUGUUUCCGGAUAGCAUCGUUCCGUCAGAUGUUGAGGUCCCAAUGAUAACAUCGGAGUUUCUCCCUACGUCAAACAAACGUGGGGAACCCGCCAUUACAAGACCUCUUACACCAAUUGUAAAAGGAAACACUAAUGACUCGAUAAUACCCAAAACAAACGGGACAGACAACUCGACGAACGUGAAUAAGGGCUGGAAUAACCCAGGAUCUCCCCCCUCCACAGACAAAACAGUAAUUAUUGUAGAGAAAACGACACGAGAGCCAUCAUGUCAUAAAACAGGAUGUCUCACUGGCCACGAAUGUGUCUUUUCAAACUCUUACAUCUGUCCCAUUUAUAUACCGGAAGUGGACUGUAAAUGCAGAGCAGGUUGUAGAGUGGAUUACACCUUUAUACCAUACGGAACAACAGUUACUAUGGAUACCUGUGGAAACACCUGUUCUUGUUUCAACAUGUAUGGAGCUGCGUCUUGUUCUAAGAAGUCUUGCACCGAAAACAUCCAGAAGCUACCAUCUACAAGUCAAACACCGGAAGGAGUUACCAUGCCUACCAAACAGACGCCAUUACCGACCCAGAUGUCAUUGGACAUUACAACAACAGGCCAUCUCGAGAUCAACCAACCAAAAAACAGCAUUCAAAUGAACUUCCCCGUCAUCCCUAUAUCCUCAACAGCUCCAGCGGCAGCCAAUUAGAUGCUCAACUUAUCUUGAAUAUUUAUUUAUCUUUAUCAAGAGAAAUCCGUUUUAAUCGAAUGUUUUUGUGCUUUAAUAUGAAAUCCAUUGAAAUAAAUUUAAUCCUUCAAAUUAU